GCCGACAGACGUGUGUCGUGGGUCGUCACGCUUCUUUUUCAUUUUUAUUUUUUGAUUAGACGCGGCAGUUCUAGUCAGUUUAGAAUUGUGUUUUAAUCGCACACGCCCAACGUUCGGGGGGGAAAGACACAAGUGACUCGUUGUUGAUGAGAGCAAGAAGAAAAACAAAAAUGGAUUACCCAACAUUCGGUAUACCUUGGAGCGUAUUCAAUCAAUAUCACAUCAGGGGCUAUGCCGACGAUAGCGCGAGUGUGUGCAGUAGCAGCACAACCAGCAGCCCUCCACUUUCGCCAAUGUCGCCCAGUUUAUCCAACGAUGAUGAAGAAUCUUCGUCUACUUCGUCCUUUCAUUUCUCACCAUCGCACGGCAAUGAAGGCGCCAGUUCGCUGUGCCAUCAAGUUCCGGCAUUGCUCGGACUGGCCGGCUCCUCUACCGGCCAUCAGACAACGCACCACCAUCAAGUCUUGGUCACGGCUAGCGCACCGAGGAACCGAUCGGGCCACUCGGCCGGCCGCAACAAGACGAGCAAAGCCACCAACGGUUUCUACAAACGUUUAAUGGAAUGGCUGAGCCGCAAGAAGACGAGCCAUCGACGCUAUUCGGAAGUGGUGGUCGUCGAUCGCGCAACGUCGUCGGCCAUGCAGCACUGCUGCAGCCAAGAGUCGCUUCAAGGAUUCAUGGCCGUCGCUACAGCUGGACGCAAUCAAUCGGCCCCCAUGAUUUUCGACGUGACUCGGCCAGCCCGUCCGGCUGCCAACCCUUUCACGCGUCCGCCUAUGGCUCAUCCUCGCAUCGAAGAGAGGUCGUUCUCUUCAUCCUCUUCCAUGUCGCCAUCGUCGUCUUCGUUGUCGUCCUCUUCGUCCCUGUCUUCGGCCUUACCUCUUCCUCCAUCGUCGUGGACGGCACACGCCAAUGCGAGCGGAGCGGCAGCGGCCAACACGCGGGAUCGGUUGGAGCUGCCGUCUGUCGGCGAAUCUCGGCUCGGAUUCGAGGCACCUCCGGCCACGCCUACGUCCAGUUACAGCCAAAGCGGCAUCAUCACGACCCACUUUGAUAAGCAGGAAACGCUGCUGAACGAGACGGACAAGGAGAUCGACGCCGAGUGGAUCAUACCGUGGAGCGACAUCCAAUUCGGCCCAGUCAUCUGCCAAAGAGGCUCGUGCACCAUCAACCGGGGCAAGUGGCACGGUGACGUCAUCAUCCACCAAUUCAAAUUGCAAAGUGACGUCGAAGUGAGCGCCUUCUGGUCUGACGUGCAGUCCUUGUCCAAACUGCGUCACGAGAAUCUGCUGCUGUUCAUGGGCAUCGCCAUCCCGCCGUUGGGCACCAGUUACACGAUCGUCAACAGCGCACCGCGCGGCGUGUCCGUCGCUAACUUUCGUCUCGGCCUCAAACACGGCAAACCGGAAAGAAUCGGAAUGCGAGCGGCCGUCAGCAUUUCGAGACAGGUGGCGCAGGCGACGGGCUACCUGCACGCCCGCGGAAUCGUCCACGGCAAACUCAAUCCGCACAACAUUUUCCUGGAAGGCGACAACUACCGGGUCAAACUCUCUUUGCUCGAUCACGGACUCGUCGACACGGUUGCCACGCAAAUCAAUUACGGGUGCAUACCGAAAACGCAAGUGAGCUACUACAGCCCUGAAUUGGUGCGAUCGAUGAUCGUUCAACCGCCCGAAGUUCAUUUCACGAUUCAAAGUACCAAGUUCAGUGACGUCUAUGCAUUAGGGUCUUUUAUGUACGAUCUCAUUUCCGGCAGUCCUCCGUUCCACCAAGAGCAAGUCGACUCGAUCCUGUGGCGGAUCGGCACCGGCCACACAACCAGUUUGCAAGACGUCAAAUGCAAUGCUCGUCUUAAGGCUUUGAUGACAUGUUGCUGGGCGUACGAUGCAGCCGAGCGACCGAGCUGCGUCGAAGUGGUGCGUCGUUUGCAACCAUCCGCUCUCCUGUGCAAAUCGCAUUCGUGUUCAGAGCCGGAACGAUUGAACCGACUCGGCCAGUGCAAACUAGCGUGUUAAACUUCUAUUUUCUCAACGUCUCUCCGUGUGUGUUUUGCGCACAUGUGUGCGUGCUUGUAUCUAUUAUAACUAAUGUAUAGUAAUCGAUUCUGCUUUUCUUUCUCUUUUCUGUGUGUGUGUUCAUAACAAAUGGCGAACGCCAAAGCAUCUUUGCCAAUGUGGCAGCCCGCUGCAUUGGAGGCUAGAUUUGUUACAAGCAGGGUAAAAAAUCUCGUGAACCGUUUUCCUCUGACAUUAUACUCUGUACAUUACACGAUACGGCCAAACAACUCAA